UAAACUCGCCUCUUAAACUGGUGAAGUCUAAUCCUAAGCAAGUAUGAGUUAUUUACUCCAGUUCUUUUACUUAUAUAGAGCAACCAACUCUCCGGUCUCGUAGAAUUUAUAACCGAGCCGAGCAGAUGUGUGAAAGUUUGAAAGAGCCGAGCACUAUGUGCAUACAUAACUAUAUACACAAUCUGCACUCGUCGCUCUGCAACCCAAUAUUUUAGUGUGUGCAAUUCUGCGAAAGAGUUGGCAUAAACACAGAAUCUCAAAUAAACAUGUCUUUUCAUUAAGUUUUCACUAAAUACUCAUCUCAUUUAUACUCAUCGAGGAAGAAAAGUGGCUGGAGAAAGUUGUGCUACGAGUUACACAAUCUAAGGAUACCUGCAUUCGCACUUGGCACUCUGAUCUGAAAUAGAGCUUGUUCUCGCAUUUGUACAUAUGUAUUAUUGAAGAAUUUAGUCUAGAUGAUAUAUAAUCACAGUUAAACAAAGGAGUCAGCUACAAGUAUACAACGUGUAGAAUAUGGCGUUUAAAGGAUUCUUCAAAACGAUCAAGGACGAAGUAAAGAAUGAAAUUGGUCGCCAAAUUGACAGGACUGUGAACAAAAAGGGUGGUGGUGUUGAGGAUGGUGAGAAUGGUGAAAAUAGUGGAAAGGUGGACAUGUCACUCAUUGAAGGGGUCUUGGGUCUAUUAGGCGGUGGAGGUGGGAGUGGUAAAUCUGGUUUGGAAAAUCUUGGCAAUAUCAUCAACGCUAUUCAAGGUCAAACUGGGGGAUUUCUUCCCGGAAGUGUUGGUAAAUAUCUGCCGGGCAUAUUGAAAGUUGCGGAAAUCAUUGGACACGGAAUGGGAGACGAUACGCCAAGAAACGAGCAAAAUGCAGAUGGAAGUUUUGUUGACAACUUUAUCAAGACCAUUGUUGGAGGCAGGAAAAUUCAUGGAGGAAAAUCAAGUUUUAAAGUGAAGCCAGUUGAGAGGGGUGCCGACAAUCUGUUUCAUUCGCCAUUGCGAACAGGACGGCAUGGGGAACCUCGGGGUGCAGAGGCUGUGCAAGAUUAUGAGAAACUGAAAAGUAAAUGCUUAGAACGGGGUGUAUUAUUCGAAGAUUCAGAAUUUCCAGCUGAAGAUGCCAGCGUUUUCUUUACGCGAAGUGGUCGAAGGAAUUUCCAAUGGCUUAGACCUCAUGAAAUAUGUUCUGACCCAAAAUUCUUUGUCGAAGGGGCAACUAGAUUUGACGUGAAGCAAGGUGAACUUGGGGAUUGCUGGUUGCUUGCAGCAGUAGCAAAUUUAACACUGAAUCCAGCCUUGUUUCAUCAAAUUGUCCCUGAAGAUAAUUCAUUUAUUAAUGACUAUGCUGGAAUUUUCCACUUUAGAUUUUGGCAGUAUGGACGAUGGGUAGAUGUCGUCGUAGAUGAUCGUUUGCCAACCUUUGGGGGUAAAUUAAUGUUCAUGCACUCUGAGGAGAGAAAUGAGAUGUGGAGUGCAUUGUUCGAGAAAGCAUAUGCCAAAUUGCACGGUUCUUACGAAGCAUUGAAAGGGGGUACGACAUGUGAAGCACUCGAAGAUUUCACAGGGGGCGUGACGGAAAUGUACGAUAUUAGAACUGCGCCUAAAAACCUAUUUCAGAUGAUUUUGAAAGCGUAUGAAAGGAGCAGUUUUCUGGGUUGUUCUAUUGAGCCCGAUCCAAACGUUGUUGAAGCGGAGACACCGAUGGGCCUUAUUCGUGGGCAUGCAUAUUCUAUAACUGACGUAAAAUUGGUGGACAUUGAAACGCCCAGAGUAAAAGGGAAAAUUCCAUUGUUACGAAUUCGAAAUCCUUGGGGAAAUGAAGCCGAGUGGAAAGGGGCGUGGUCAGACGGUUCACCCGAAUGGUCGUACAUCAAUGACGACACAAAAGAAGAAAUAGGUCUAACUUUCGACGCCGAUGGCGAAUUUUGGAUGUCGUUUAAGGAUUUUCAGACCUACUUUGACCGUCUUGAAAUUUGCAAUUUGAGUCCCGAUGACCUGGCUGUAGAUGACCUGCCAGGAAAGAAAAAAUGGAAUAUGAACGUAUAUGAAGGAGCGUGGAUUCGUGGAGCCACUGCUGGUGGUUGCCGAAACUAUUUGGAAACAUUUGCGCAUAAUCCUCAAUAUAUUAUUGACCUGGAGGACCCUGAUGAAGAUGACGACGAAUCAAAGUGCACUGUAAUUGUUGCAUUAAUGCAGAAAAAUCGCAGAGCACAACGCAAGCUGGGGAUGGAUUGUCUAACAAUCGGUUUCGCAAUUUAUAGUUUAACAGGCGAUAAUAUUCAGUCUCCACUUCCUGUCAAGUUUUUUAAAUACAACGCCAGUAUUGCUCGGUCACCUACAUUUAUUAAUCUGCGUGAGGUGUGUAGUAGAUUUAAACUAGAUCCAGGAAAAUACGUGGUCGUGCCGUCGACUUUUGAACCAAAUGAGGAAGGAGAAUUUAUUAUCCGUGUCUUCUCGGAAGGGCCAAAUUCAAUGACAGAAAAUGACAGCGACGUUGGAAUCGGGGAAAUCGAUGAUAAGGUGAAGGAGACAGAGCCGGAAGAAGCUGAGGCAGCUGAAAGAGUUCAACAAUUUUUCAAAACCGUUGCUGGCGAUGACAUGGGAAUUGACUGGUCUGAACUGAAAGAGGUUUUGGAUCUAGCCUUAAAACGAGAGUUUGCCUUUGAGGGAUUCAGCAGAGAAGUGUGUCGUUCUAUGGUGGCAAUGAUGGAUAUUGACCGUUCAGGAAAACUCGGCUUGGAUGAAUUUGUAUCUUUGUGGAAAUCAAUACGGACUUGGAAGAGUGUUUUCAAAAUCUAUGACCAUGAUAACUCAGGUCACUUAUCAUCAUUUGAACUUCGUCAAGCCUUAACAUCUGCUGGGUAUCAUGUUAAUAACAAAGUACUUGAAUCCCUUGUCCUUCGAUAUGGAGACCCUCAGGGACAGGUUAUGUUUGACGACUUCAUCAUGUGUGCCGUUAAACUAAAGUGCAUGAUUGAAAUAUAUCGUGAAAAAGAGGUUGCAGGGGACCGAAGCGUAAAUUUUACCUUGGAGGAGUGGGUGGAAAAAACUCUGUACUCUUAAAUUGUCAUUUCACGUCCUGAGAGUAGGACUAUUAAUUGUUACAUCCUUCCACACUACACAAAGUGCACAUAUGCAUCGGUAUGUUGGAUAAAUAGAUCCAUGCGUUAUUGACUAUUAGGACAAUUGAUGUCAGCCAAAUGCAUAAUCUUGCCUAUAUAAACUCCUCAUCUGUUCCUACAUAGUUUAUCAAAUUAAAAUACCUCUCAUCGUGUCAUACAAAAUGCCUUUUUAGUAGCCGAUAUACGUUAAAUAAAGUUUACGUUUGCCAUAUUUAUUAUGUGAGCUACUACAUUUAAAUACUAUAAAAAACAAGUAAAUUAAGUAUACAAGAA